UACUCCUAUAUAUACACACACCACAAUAAUCCUCCCAUCCCAUCCUAUGCUAUAAGCCCUUCACUUACAUCCUUUAUCUUUUUGAGCGUUACUUAUUCAUACAAUCAUGGCCAAGUUUCCUGUGAACCCCUUUGUCCUGCUCAGUAGGCGAUCAUAUAAGGUUGCAAGAUCAGUGCAAAAGGCAGCGACGACAAUGACGAGGACUGCGACAACCGAAUCGGGCAGUGGUGUUAAUGAUAAUGUAGCAAAUAAUCAUGAUGGUCAACAAAUGAAUCAAGUGUUUUGGAUGAGAGACCCGAAGACAGGGAACUGGAUUCCAGAGAGCCACUUUGAGGAGAUUGAUGUUGCAGAGCUGAGGGAGAAGCUCCUCCCCAACCCCAGCAACAAGCACAAACUUUAAAUUAACCAUAUGGUGUAGGGUUUUUCUAUAUUAAGAAUGUCCUUGUUGAAAAUAAAAUAAAAUAAAAUGGACACUUAUUUUUAGGGUUACCAAACAAUGGUAUUUCAACUAUC